ACAACAGAGCGUGUCUGCCAGCCGGGGUAUUAGCCGGAGAGACUGGGUUCUUCCACGAGUGGAUUGUCUGUUAUAUGAUAUGUCCGCACUGUAUCUUAUAUUCUUGCUCUUCUCAGUGCACAUGGCUGCCCUGACUCCAGAGGUGGCCACCCGGAGUAAAAGAAGCCUGCAUGAGCUGGGAGGAUUGAUCAAGUGCAGCACAGGGAGAUCUGCUUUUGCCUACAUAAUGUAUGGCUGUUACUGUGGCCUGGGGGGUCAGGGCUGGCCCAGGGACAAAGCAGACUGGUGUUGUCACAAGCAUGACUGCUGCUAUGAAAAAGCUGAGGCUGCAGGUUGCCAAACGAAGAUAGACAGGUACCAGUGGUCAUGUGAAGGCAGGGAGACUAACUGCGAUUCUUUGAAGGACAAAUGUGAAAAAAGGAUCUGCAAAUGUGACAAGGAAAUAGCCACAUGUCUGAGAAAAGCACCCUUCACACCAAAAUAUGCAGUAUGGCCAGAUUUCCUCUGUGGAGAUGACCAUCCAACAUGCAAUUAUUACUCAUUCAACAAAUAAACACAUUUUAGACACUUAAAUUAUUGAGAUAUAAUGCUCACAAAUUUGUCAAAUAAAUCUAUGUAUUUCAUUUCCUAAGCAGAAAA